AUACAUUCACACCGACAUGCAAGAGGAAUAAACGCAGAAGAUUUAAAAAAUCAAUAAUAAACAGGUUAAAAAGAAGAACCGUUAUUCUCUGUCUUAUUCUGAAAGAGUGCAGCCGGAAGCUGCGCACACUUUCUUCUUGGUGAUUAACGGUCAGUGUGUAACGGUUGCUGCGUGAGAAGGCUGUCAGGCUCCAUUCCCGCAACUCCUACAGCCCGCUACGCGAAGCCAUGGCGUCAGACGAGCUGGCGAAGAAGCUCCAGUCGCGGAUGGCCGCUACGCAGGAGGUCGAGCCGAGGCCGGAGCCGGUACCGAGCCCGGUCCGACCCAAGCCGCAGCAGGAGGCCGAGGGAGCCUGUGGCGGAGAGCCGUCGUCCUCCUCCGAGCUGUCCGCCGUGUUGACCCGCCGACAGGACAUCAACGACGGGACCGCCGCCCCGUGCCGGAACCGCGUGUUCAACCCGUACACGGAGUUCAAAGAGUUCACGCGCAAGCAGAUCAAGGACAUGGAGGCGAUGUUCAAACGGUACGACACCGGAAGAGACGGCUUCAUCGACCUGAUGGAGCUGAAGCUGAUGAUGGAGAAGCUGGGAGCUCCUCAGACGCACCUGGGCCUGAAGAACAUGAUCAAGGAGGUGGACGAGGACCUGGACAACAAGCUGAGCUACAGAGAGUUCCUGCUGAUCUUCAGGAGAGCGGCGGCCGGAGAGCUGCAGGAGGAGAGCGGCCUGAUGGCGCUGGCCCGGCUGUCUGAGAUCAACGUGUCCGCCGAGGGGGUGAUGGGGGCCAAGGACUUCUUUGAGGCCAAGAUGCAGGCUCUGUCUCUGGGCAGCAAGUUCGAGGCGGAGAUCCAAGAAGAGAAAGACGAGCGCAAGCGACAGGAAGUGGAUAAGAAGCAGCGGCAGGCGGCCUUCAAGCAGCUGCAGUCGGCCUUCUGCUCCUGACGGCCGCCGGCAUCGACCCCCGGCAUCGACCCCCGGCAUCGACCCCCGGCAUCGACCCCGGCAUCGACCCCCCGGCAUCGACCCCCCGGCAUCGACCCCCCGGCAUCGACCCCGGCAUCGACCCCGGCAUCGACCCCCCGGCAUCGACCCCGGCAUCGACCCCGGCAUCGACCCCCCGGCAUCGACCCCCCGGCUCCUCACUCCACCCAGCUAACAUGCAUCAAGGAAAGAAGCACUAAGGUACUUGAAGAGCAGAGCGCCGCCUCAGGCCACGCCCCCUGCGUUGGAUUCUUUUAUUUAUUUCCUUUGUGUCGAACUGGAAGUUUCAUGUCGAGGUAUUUCUACUUUAGUUCUUGUGGAGCAUUUUAUUGUUUAACUUCCUGUCGCCUCGCGUGAGGUUUCCUGCUGUGGGCCUGAGCUAAACACUGUGACAUCACCACUUGUAUUUGCUUGUCGCUUCUCAAAGCUCGUGUGGUGAGUUUUAAUAUUUGCACUUUCAUGGAGUCCAGGAAGAGGAGACCCUCAUUACCCACAAUGCAAUGCGUGAUAUAAUCUUUGAUGAUGAUUCCCUCCCGUAAAGGUCAAUGAUGUCUCAUCCUGUAACACAUGUAUGUAUAGCCACACAGUGAUGUCAUCGGGCUCGCCCUCACGAGCAUGAUGUCAUCCUGUGAAGACGAGCUGGAUGACGUCACUGUGAUGUCAUCGGUCUGAGAACGGAUCAUCUUCCCCUCAGAACGCGGACAUGAAUCUCAUGUUGGUGUGUUCAGCAGCUGGUCCAACAACAACAACAACAAACACCUGAACACACACGUGCAGAUUAAAAUGUUUCAGGGGGAGGAGGGGCUGUAUAAACACCAGAACCAGGGACACACACACAAGGGAAAGUGUGUUUUCCUUUCCAUUGUUGUUGUUGGGAUAGAAGUGGACCUGGUUCUGUUGGAGCCUGACCCCCCAGUGUGAAGCCAUUCCGCUUGUUUACUCCCUUGUUUACUUUGGAGCAUGUUACUACUGUCGCUCAUCUCUCUGGUGCUUGUUGUGAAAUGUAUUUUUUCAUGAAUAAAUCGGUAUAUAUAUAUUAAUUGUUUUAGGGACUUAUGUUGCCAAAUCUAAUAAUGAUCUAAAGAUCAGUGAGAUAUAUUUUCUGGGGCUCUUGUAAAGAUGUUGUGUUGUUGACUUGAAUAAAGAUCAAUAAACUUUA